ACUGUUUUGCCCUAUGAUUCCCCCGUGAUGAGCAUCGAGGAGUCAACACAACACCUGGCAGCGCUAUCAUCACCUCUGACCACCACAUCCUCCCUACAACUCGCAACGUUGCAGCCAGCGUUACCAUGAAUUCCGCAGCUGCGAUCGGCGUGGCUGUUGCCAUUGUCGUCGUCAUUGGCGGUGUCCUCACAACCGUCAUCGUCUACAUUCGAAGACGCAGAUCAAGCAAUGGGCACAAGGCCUCGGCCUCUUCCGCGUCCCGGCCACAGUCUCGCUCGUCGACGCUAGCAUCCGAGUGGAGCAAGUCGGGACGCUCGCCCACCAACUCAAUGUACGACGUGGAGAAGCUGAGCUACGCUCAGCCCAUCUCGGUGCCAGCGCCCGUCUACUCGGCAGGCCCAGCGGUGCUGCCAAGCCACGCGAGCACGGACUCGAAGCGCGGGAGAAGCAUGAGCGGCGCAGGUCACGCCUUGCGACGCACAGUCUCCAACUCGACGCUGAAUCGCACCCUGAGGACGCGAUCGUUCCACACCGGCAGGGACGAGCUACCCAUCACCUCUUCGGACGCCGGACACGGUGCGGCUAGAGACUCGUUGGACGUGGAGAGUCUCGCAGGGGAUGAUGCGUCUUCCAUCGUCGAUGGACCAGCGUACGCCGCCGAUUACUCAAGACACCGCAGGCCGUCGAUCACCCGCAAGGCGGUGCCGAGAGCCCUCGAUGGCAUCGUGAAGGAUCGCAGCGAAGACUUCAACGAUUUCCUCGGGGGUCUGGACUACGCGAACAUCGACGACCCCGAGGAAAGAGUCAUGAGCCCAGAGCUCGAAAUGGCAAAAUUAGCUCUGCAAGAUCUCGAGAUCAGAGCAAAUGCAGGUUCCGCGAGAGACAAGCCUUUGACGUUCCCAAAGUCAGAGCUUCGCUCAGGAGCAUCUAGCGCACGGAUUCCAGCUCCUUUCCGCUGAAGCGACAAGCUGGAAAGUCAACCAAGACCCGUACUCCAACAACGACAGUGAAUAGCAAGCGCGCUAGCCAUGGAGGCCUCAGCGAUGUAAUAUAUCUUAGAAUUCCCAAACGUCACCCAAUGAUUAUGAUAGCUUUAGACGUACCCU